AUGUCUUACAAUCAACGAAUGAGUAUUGCGCCCAAUUCGCAACAACAAAACUGCGGUAAAAAGGAGGAAGAGAGCGAUUCAUUCAUGCGUCUGCCUGAUAAAGAAAUUGCAGGAUGUAUCAGUGAUAUUGGGGUACCUUUUACUGCAGCGGACCUCUUGAAGCCCAAUCCUCUCCAGAUUCAAAUGAUUUUCGAAUGGUUCGCAGAACUUCUCGCGAACACCACCCGCGAUACAGUCGACCCUGCGAUGCGUGCAGCUUCUGAAGAUAUAUGUCAAGAUUACCCCGAUAUAGUUCCCGCAGAAACACGAAAUCUCAUGGGUUUCUAUGUCACUCUGCGCAAAUUAUUGUCUGAAUGUGGCAUUACGGACUUUUCAUUUCAAGACUUGUACAAGCCAACACACGACCGCUUAGUGAAGAUCUUUUCCUACAUCAUUAAUUUUGUGCGAUUCAGAGAGAGCCAAACACAAGUUAUUGAUGAGCAUUUCAACAAGGCCGAGACGGCAAAAGUUCGAAUCGAGUCACUAUAUAUGGAGAACCAAGAGAUGGAAAGUCGUCUGAACGAGUUGAAGCGGAACCGCAAGGCAAUGGAGGUACAUAUUGCGGAAAAAGGAAAACGUAAUGAAGAGUUAGGGACAAGGGUCAAAGAGCUCAAACAAAGCUCAAACAAAGUAACACAACGGCUUGAAGGACUCACAAAGAAGAAGAAGGAGAUGAUUGUUCUUCUGGAGGGAAAUAUUGCCACGACUAUUGAUUUGAGGCAAGAAAGCUCUAAAUUACAACCAUAUGUAUCUCAGUCACCGGCUGCCCUGCAGGCAUCAUUGACACAGUUGAGUAAUGCCCUCAACACGGACAAGUCACAGAUCGACGCUUUUAAUCGACGAGCUCGUGCCUUGCAGACUUCGACGGAUACGUUUUUGAGUGUCUCUGCAGAUGUUGUCUCAUGUACAAAACUUCUCGAUGAAAUUUCGACCGAAUUGGCCAAAGAGGAAGAUGAGAAUGUAAAAGUGGCGAGACAAAAAGAUGCACUCACUGAAAGAGGAAAUAAUGUCCGUGAAGUCGAAAGAACCGAGGGAUUGCUACAGCGACAGUUGUCAAUAUACACCGAACGAACGGAGAAGCUCAGAGAUGGUAGCAAAGAAAAGGCUAUGAGUGCCAAGGAGAGGAUGGAAGAAUUACGAGCUGUGCAUAGAAAACUCACAGAAGAAAGAAGCGACAAAGGGAGAGAUAUAGAGAGGAGGAAAGUCAGGAUAGAGCAAACGGAGAAAAAGAUGGCGGACUUGAAAGAAAACAUCGAAAAUGAAAUACACAGUGCGCACGAUGAGUUCUUAAAGAUGGACUCGCACAUCAAACUUUACAUCACCGAAAUGGAGCAAUCUAUUUGA